CUUUCUUACUCAUAUAUACAUAGUUUUCUCAGAAAAGGAAACCCUCCUAGGGAGCAAAUUACGAGCUUUCGUGAUACCUAUAUCUCUAAUUACUCGCAAUACCUGAUACUGCUUAUUCACCUCUAUUUUAAUGGACACACGGACUCUGGAGAUAACGGGGAUAUCUGCUGAUGAUCUUGAGAAUGUAAGGAGGUUGGGAAGUAGGAUGCGCACAUACGCCCUUGUGUGCACCGAUAAUGAUUUGUCGCACUCUGCAUCCACACAUGUUGACGCACAAGGAGGCUGCGAUCCAGUCUGGAACGACAAGUUACUGCUCACCCUCACCAAGGGGUCGCCCAUCGCUCUCAACAUACAAAUCUUUUGCAAGACGAGGUAUGGCAAGAAAAGCGUAGGAUGGAGUAAAGUGCCUCUCUCUGAAAUCUUGAAUGGAUUCGGAGCUCCCCAUGGCUUGCAUUGCCUCAGCUAUCGUUUGAAGACGGGCAAAGGGAGGCCUCAUGGUACCAUCCAUUUCUCUCUUCGUUUCUUACAACAUGUUAAUCCCCCUCAAUUCUUCACCAAUUCUCCAAUUAACUUCCACAGCAUGGGAGUUAUGAAAAUGCCUCUCGUAUUGAGCAGCAAAACACGACAGGGAGCGCGAGUUUAAGUGGCGUGUCGAUGGGCUAUCCUUCCUCUACUCCAUUUGCCAACGCCAACCACUUAUAUCCUAUCCCGCUCUCUGUUUAUCCACCGCCACACCACAAACAGAAUUAUGCUGUGUAAAUUAGCUGUUAUAUCACAGGCCUGAUAAACUCUAACAGUUAUCUGUCAUUUUGUGGCUUUAGCUGCUACUUUUGUUCAUCUCAAACAGCUUGAGAGCAGGUGUAGCAUUGCCUGCCGUUAGUAGAAGCCAACACAGUUGUUGUUUGAAGCAGUUUUAGAUUUGCUGCCCUUGUAAAUGCUUUCUCUACCCCCUUUUCUGUCCUCAUUUUGUUUUGGAACAAAUUUUGUAUUAAUAAUAGUCCAUCAAUUAAUUUGUAACUAA